UAUGUUGUUGAUAAGAUAUAACCAAUAAAAAAGAAAAGGAAAAAGAGAGAGAGAAACAAGAAAAAUGUAGUAUUUAUAGCAGAGAAGAGUGUACCCGCCAAGUACAUGAUCUACUGAGAGCUGUUUAUCUGCAACAAAAAGGACAAUCGUGCCCGAAACAGAAAAGCUGCCACUUCAAGAUUCUAGAGAGAGAAAGAGAACGAAGGGGCAGCAGAGGAAACAAAAACCAUAACAUAGUAAUACAUAACAAAAAUAAUAUAGGGCUUUGCUGAAAUGGAUGACAAGUCUGAAACUUUGGAGGCUGUGUUGAAGGAAGCUGUUGAUUUGGAGAAUGUGCCAAUUGAAGAAGUUUUUCAAACACUUAGGUGUAAUUCAAAUGGUCUCACAACAGAAGCUGCUGAGCAAAGGCUUACCAUUUUUGGAUAUAACAAGCUUGAAGAAAAGCAGGAGAGUAAGUUUUUGAAGUUUUUGGGGUUCAUGUGGAAUCCUCUUUCAUGGGUAAUGGAGGCAGCAGCUAUCAUGGCUAUUGCACUUGCGAAUGGAGGGGGGAAACCACCUGACUGGCAAGAUUUUGUUGGAAUUAUUAUUUUGCUUUUCAUCAACUCUACGAUAAGUUUUAUAGAGGAGAAUAACGCUGGAAAUGCUGCUGCUGCUCUCAUGGCCCGUCUUGCUCCCAAAGCCAAGGUCCUUCGAGAUGGGAGGUGGAUAGAGGAGGAUGCCUCCGUUCUAGUUCCUGGUGAUAUUAUCAGUGUUAAGCUUGGAGAUAUCAUUCCUGCAGAUGCUCGUCUUCUUGAAGGUGAUCCUUUGAAAAUUGAUCAGUCUGCUCUUACUGGCGAGUCUCUUCCUGUGACAAAAGGACCUGGUGAUAGUGUUUAUUCAGGUUCUACAUGCAAGCAAGGAGAGAUUGGAGCCGUGGUCAUUGCCACUGGUGUUCAUACAUUCUUUGGCAAGGCUGCCCACCUAGUGGAUUCAACAAAUCAAGUGGGACACUUUCAACAGGUGUUGACUGCAAUUGGGAAUUUCUGUAUAUGCUCCAUCACCGUGGGGAUGAUAAUAGAGAUAAUUGUCAUGUACCCAAUUCAACACCGGCCAUAUCGGCCAGGAAUUGACAAUCUAUUAGUACUUCUUAUUGGAGGGAUUCCUAUUGCAAUGCCCACAGUUUUAUCUGUGACAAUGGCGAUAGGGUCGCAUAGGUUAUCUCAGCAGGGGGCUAUCACAAAACGAAUGACAGCAAUAGAAGAAAUGGCAGGCAUGGAUGUCCUUUGUAGUGAUAAAACUGGAACUCUGACCUUGAACAAACUUACUGUUGAUAAGAAUUUGAUUGAGAUUGUAGCUAAAGGAGUAGACACAGACACUGUGGUUCUGAUGGCGGCUAGAGCCUCUCGAGUGGAAAACCAGGAUGCAAUAGAUGCUGCUAUAGUAGGGAUGCUGGCUGAUCCAAAGGAGGCACGAGUUGGUAUUCAAGAAAUUCACUUCCUUCCAUUCAAUCCAACAGACAAGCGAACAGCUCUAACAUAUAUUGAUAUUGAGGGCAAAAUGCAUCGGGUCAGCAAAGGUGCACCAGAACAGAUUUUGAAUCUUGUACACAACAAAUCAGAGAUAGAACGUAGAGUUCAUACAGUGAUUGAUAAGUUUGCAGAACGAGGUUUACGAUCCCUUGCAGUAGCAUACCAGGAAGUUCCUGAAGGUAGAAAGGAAAGCUCUGGAGGUCCAUGGCAAUUUAUUGGUCUCAUGCCUCUGUUUGACCCACCUAGACAUGAUAGUGCAGAAACAAUAAGAAGGGCACUGAAUCUUGGGGUAAAUGUAAAAAUGAUAACAGGUGAUCAACUGGCAAUAGGUAAGGAAACAGGACGCCGUCUCGGAAUGGGAACCAACAUGUAUCCUUCAUCAACCUUGUUAGGACAUAACAAAGAUGAGUCAAUUGCUGCUUUGCCUGUAGAUGAGCUUAUUGAAAAAGCUGAUGGAUUUGCUGGUGUAUUCCCUGAACACAAAUAUGAGAUUGUGAAACGUUUGCAAGCUAGGAAACAUAUAUGUGGAAUGACCGGUGAUGGAGUGAAUGAUGCUCCGGCUCUUAAGAAGGCUGACAUUGGGAUAGCUGUUGCGGAUGCAACUGAUGCAGCUCGCAGUGCUUCUGACAUUGUCCUAACAGAACCUGGUCUCAGUGUUAUUAUUAGUGCUGUACUAACUAGUCGGGCAAUAUUCCAGAGAAUGAAAAAUUACACAAUAUAUGCAGUCUCUAUUACUAUUCGUAUUGUGCUUGGCUUCAUGUUACUGGCACUCAUCUGGCAGUUUGACUUUCCACCCUUCAUGGUGUUGAUCAUUGCUAUCCUUAAUGAUGGUACUAUUAUGACAAUAUCUAAGGAUAGGGUGAAACCAUCCCCUCUACCAGAUAGCUGGAAGUUGGCAGAGAUCUUUACAACUGGAAUCAUCCUUGGUGGUUACUUGGCUAUGAUGACUGUCAUUUUCUUUUGGGCAGCAUAUAGCACAGAUUUCUUUCCUAGAACUUUUGGAGUUUCAAGCCUUCAAAAGAAGGACGAUGACGACUUUAGAAAGCUUGCCUCGGCAAUAUACCUGCAAGUGAGCACCAUAAGUCAGGCACUCAUAUUUGUGACUCGGGCUAGGAGUUGGUCUUUUGUUGAACGUCCUGGCCUCUUACUUGUAGCAGCUUUUGUUAUUGCUCAGCUGAUUGCUACUUUGAUUGCCGUCUACGCAAACUGGAGUUUUGCUGCAAUUGAAGGCAUUGGAUGGGGCUGGGCUGGUGUUGUCUGGCUCUACAACCUCAUCUUCUAUUUCCCACUUGAUUUUAUCAAGUUCAUUAUCCGAUAUGCCUUGAGUGGGAAGGCUUGGGAUCUUGUGAUUGAGCAAAGGAUUGCCUUCACAAGGAAAAAGGAUUUUGGAAAGGAAGAGCGUGAGCUUAAAUGGGCACAUGCUCAAAGGACCCUACAUGGGUUGCAUCCACCUGAUAUCAAGAUGUUCAAUGACCGGAGUAGUUACACAGAACUUAACCAGAUGGCUGAAGAGGCAAAAAGACGAGCUGAGAUUGCAAGGCUCAGAGAACUGCAUACCCUUAAGGGGCAUGUUGAAUCAGUAGUGAGGCUGAAGGGUUUGGACAUCGACACAAUUCAGCAAGCCUACACUGUCUAAUAAAAACAAUCCUUUUUCCUGCCUCAGAGGUAUACUUGUUAAAAUGAGAGUGAAAUAUGUAAUUGAUCUUCUGAAUGUAUAAAAACUAUAUUUUGUUGGCAGCUGUGUAUCAUAAUCUAGGUCAACGUGUGUCCCUGUGCAUACAACAGAACUUUGUAAGCUUAUUUUGCUGCUCAAUAUCAUUAAUUUUCAUCA